AUGACAGAUGUCUUUAUAAUCACGGUUCCAAAAGCUCUUGAAAUUGAAGAAAGUCUAAUUAUCAUAAAGUUAAGGCUCAAAUUUUCUGAUACUAUACAUUGUAAAAACUCUGAUAAUGAGUUCGAAUUGCAAACUUCAGCUAAAAGGAUAAAAGAAAGUGAAAAAAUGAACAAAAGACUGAUUAAGAGUAGGAAGCAAUAA